AUGGCUUCUUCGGAAGCCGAUUCCCGUCUCCGACAGGUCGUUUCUCCAGCCCUAGAGAAGAUCAUCAAGAACGCCUCCUGGCGCAAGCACGCCAAGCUCGCCAGCGAAUGCAAGGCCGUCAUCGACCGCCUCUCCAACCCUGACAAGGCCUCCCACCCCGCCAGCCCAAAUUCCGAGCCCGAAGCCUCCGAGCCCGGCCCUCUCCACGACGGCGGUUCCGAUGAGUACUCCCUCGCCGACGCGGAGUCGAUUCUCAGCCCUAUCAUCAACGCCGCCGCGUCCGGUGUGCUGAAGAUCGCCGAUCCCGCCGUGGAUUGCAUCCAGAAGCUAAUCGCGCACGGAUACCUGCGCGGCGAGGCCGACACUUCCGGUGGCGCCGAGGCCAAGUUGCUGACGAAGCUGAUCGAGUCGGUUUGUAAAUGCCAUGAUUUGGGAGACGAUCAGAUGGAGCUGCUGGUGCUGAAGACGCUGCUGUCAGCAGUGACAUCGAUUUCGCUGCGGAUUCACGGCGACUGCUUGCUUCAGAUAGUUAGGACUUGCUAUGAUAUCUAUUUGGGGAGUAAGAAUAUAGUGAAUCAGACGACGGCGAAGGCGUCUCUGAUCCAGAUGCUGGUGAUUGUGUUCCGGCGAAUGGAGGCUGACUCUUCGACGGUGCCGAUUAAUCCCAUAGUGGUGGCGGAGUUGAUGGAUCCCGUUGAGAAAUCUGACGCUGACGCGUCCAUGACUAUGUUUGUGCAAGGGUUUAUUACCAAGAUUAUGUCAGACAUUGAUGGGGUGUUGAAUCCCACGACGCCUACUAAGCUUUCCAAGCAUGAUGGGGCGUUUGAGACCACCACGGUGGAGACCACGAAUCCGGCGGAUUUGCUGGACUCCACUGAUAAGGAUAUGUUGGAUGCCAAGUACUGGGAAAUUAGUAUGUAUAAGACGGCAUUGGAAGGCCGAAAGGGAGAGCUGGCGGAUGGGGAAAUGGAGAGGGAUGAAGAUUUGGAGGUUCAGAUUGGUAAUAAGUUGCGGAGAGAUGCUUUUUUGGUGUUUAGAGCUCUUUGUAAGCUGUCUAUGAAGACUCCUCCUAAGGAGGCAUUGGCGGAUCCAGAGUUGAUGAAGGGAAAAAUUGUGGCUUUGGAGCUUUUGAAGAUUUUGUUGGAGAAUGCCGGGGCUGUUUUUAGGACCAGCGACAGGUUUUUAGGUGCAAUUAAGCAAUACUUAUGUCUGUCAUUGCUAAAGAACAGUGCGUCAACUCUUAUGAUAGUUUUUCAGCUAUCUUGUUCCAUCUUCAUUAGUCUGGUGUCAAGAUUUAGAGCUGGAUUGAAAGCAGAGAUUGGAGUAUUUUUUCCUAUGAUUGUUCUCAGAGUUUUAGAGAAUGUUGCACAACCUAAUUUUCAGCAGAAGAUGAUAGUGCUUCGGUUUCUUGAGAAGCUCUGUGUUGAUUCUCAGAUCUUGGUAGACAUAUUUAUCAACUAUGAUUGUGAUGUCAAUUCAUCAAACAUAUUUGAAAGGAUGGUAAAUGGCCUUCUUAAAACUGCCCAAGGUGUCCCUCCUGGUGUUGUCACCACGUUAUUACCUCCUCAAGAGGCUACUAUGAAACUUGAAGCCUUGAGGUGUUUAGUUGGUAUUCUGAGGUCAAUAGGGGACUGGAUGAACAAACAAUUGCGCAUUCCAGAUCCUCAUUCUAUCAAUAAAUCUGAGGUGAACGAGAAUGGUUCUGAACCAGGAGCUCUACCCAUGGCAAACGGGAAUGGCGAGGAGCCUGUUGAAGGAUCAGAUUCUCAAUCUGAAGCUUCCAGUGAAGCCUCUGAUGCUUUGACAAUUGAGCAACGCCGAGCUUACAAGCUGGAACUUCAGGAAGGUAUAUCUCUUUUCAAUCGGAAACCGAAGAAAGGAAUCGAGUUUCUUAUCAAUGCAAAUAAGGUGGGUGAUUCACCCGAGGAGAUAGCUACUUUUCUAAAAAAUGCAUCUGGUUUGAACAAGACUAUGAUUGGGGAUUAUCUUGGAGAAAGAGAAGACUUAUCGCUAAAAGUAAUGCAUGCUUAUGUGGAAUCCUUUGAUUUUCAAAACUUGGAGUUUGAUGAGGCAAUCAGGUCCUUUCUUCAAGGCUUUAGGUUGCCUGGUGAGGCACAGAAGAUCGACCGAAUAAUGGAAAAGUUCGCUGAGCGCUAUUGCAAGUGCAAUCCAAAGGCUUUUACUAGUGCUGAUACUGCCUAUGUGCUUGCUUACUCCGUGAUAUUGCUCAAUACUGAUGCUCAUAAUCCUAUGGUGAAGAGCAAGAUGUCAGCCGACGAUUUUAUAAGAAACAAUCGUGGCAUAGAUGAUGGAAAAGACCUAUCUGAGGAGUACUUGAGGUCAUUAUAUGAACGGAUAUCAAAGAAGGAGAUAAAAAUGAAAGAUUAUGAUUUGGCUCCUCAGCAGAUACAAUCUGUGAACCCAAACCGUCUUUUGGGGUUGGAUAGUAUCUUGAAUAUUGUGAUCCGUAAACGGGGGGACAGUCAAUUGGAGACCAGUGACGAUCUUAUCAAGCACAUGCAAGAACAAUUCAAAGAAAAAGCUCGGAAAUCUGAGUCAGUUUAUUAUGCUGCAACAGAUGUGGUAAUUCUUAGAUUCAUGGUUGAGGUCUGCUGGGCUCCUAUGUUGGCUGCCUUCAGUGUUCCACUUGACCAAACUGAUGAUGAAGUGGUUAUUUCUCUGUGUCUUGAAGGGAUUCGUUAUGCUAUCCAUGUAACUGCCGCAAUGUCUAUGAAGACCCAUAGAGAUGCUUUUGUGACUUCACUGGCGAAGUUUACUUCCCUCCACUCUCCUGCUGAUAUCAAGCAGAAAAACAUAGAAGCAAUCAAGGCAAUAGUGACAAUAGCAGAUGAAGAUGGGAACUACCUACAAGAAGCUUGGGAGCAUAUUUUGACAUGUGUUUCCCGCUUUGAGCAUCUACAUCUCUUGGGAGAGGGUGCUCCUCCAGAUGCCACUUUCUUUGCUUUUCCUCAGAAUGAAUCAGAAAAAUCAAAGCAAACCAAGUCCACUGUCCUUCCUGUUUUAAAAAAGAAGGGCCAAGGGAAGAUGCAGUAUGCAGCUGCUGCCGUGUUGAGAGGUUCAUAUGAUAGUGCUGGUAUUGGUGGGAAUGCUUCUGGGAUGGUUACAUCAGAACAGAUGAACAAUUUGGUUUCUAACUUAAAUAUGUUAGAACAAGUUGGAGACAUGAGCCGCAUAUUCACACGGAGUCAAAAGCUAAACAGUGAGGCAAUUAUAGAUUUUGUUAAGGCUCUUUGCAAGGUCUCUAUGGAGGAAUUGCGAUCCGCAUCUGAUCCUCGGGUUUUCAGCCUCACAAAGAUGGUUGAAAUUGCGCAUUAUAACAUGAACCGCAUCAGGCUUGUGUGGUCUAGCAUCUGGCAUGUACUCUCUAAUUUCUUUGUGACAAUUGGCUGUUCUGAAAACCUGUCUAUUGCAAUUUUUGCUAUGGAUUCUCUGCGUCAAUUGUCAAUGAAGUUCUUGGAGCGAGAAGAGCUGGCUAAUUAUAAUUUUCAGAAUGAAUUUAUGAAACCUUUCGUCAUUGUUAUGCGUAAAAGUAGUGCAGUUGAGAUUCGAGAAUUAAUCAUCAGAUGUGUCUCCCAAAUGGUUUUAUCUCGUGUCAAUAAUGUCAAAUCUGGAUGGAAGAGUAUGUUCAUGGUCUUCACUACGGCAGCUUAUGAUGACCACAAGAAUAUUGUACUCUUGGCCUUUGAAAUAAUUGAGAAGAUUAUUCGCGAUUACUUUCCGUACAUUACUGAGACUGAAACCACUACUUUUACUGAUUGCGUAAAUUGUCUAAUUGCAUUCACAAAUAGUAGAUUCAACAAAGACAUUAGCCUCAAUGCUAUUGCUUUUCUUCGGUUCUGUGCAACAAAACUCGCUGAGGGAGGUCUUAGUUCCUCAUCAAGAAAUAAGGACAAGGAUGCAUCUGGAAAAGUCUCUCCGUCUUCUCCUCAAGGAUGGAAAGAAGGAAGACAAGAUAAUGGGGGAAUGCCAGAUAAGGAUGACCAUCUUUAUUUCUGGUUCCCUUUAUUGGCCGGUUUGUCCGAACUUAGCUUUGACCCUAGGCCUGAAAUCAGGAAGAGUGCCUUACAAGUGCUAUUUGAAUCUUUACGUAACCAUGGUCAUCUUUUCUCUCUACCUUUGUGGGAAAAGGUGUUUGAAUCAGUGCUAUUUCCAAUAUUUGACUAUGUGCGCCAUGCUAUUGAUCCUUCGGGGGACAGUCCACCAGAGCAAGGGAUUGACAGUGAAACAGGCGAGCUUGAUCAAGAUGCCUGGAUGUAUGAGACAUGCACAUUGGCACUCCAAUUAGUUGUUGAUCUUUUUGUCAAGUUUUAUGACACUGUCAAUCCUCUCUUGAAGAAAGUUUUGGUGCUUCUAGUCAGUUUUAUUGGACGACCUCAUCAAAGCCUUGCUGGCAUAGGUAUUGCUGCAUUUGUGAGAUUGAUGAGCAAUGCAGGGGAUCUCUUUUCUGAUGAGAAGUGGCUAGAAGUGGUUUCAUCAUUAAAAGAAGCAGCCAAUUCAACUCUUCCUGAUUUUUCUUUCAUUCUUAGUGGAGAUAGCAUCGUGGCAAACCUAGACUCUUCUUCUAGUAGAGAAGAUCAUGGAGGGUCUGGGAGGCCUGAUGAUGAAUCAGAGAGACUAAGGACAAACCAUCUCUAUACUGGCUUAGCUGACGUUAAGUGCCGAGCUGCUGUUCAGCUUUUAUUGAUUCAGGCGGUGAUGGAGAUUUACACCAUGUAUCGGACUCACCUUUCAACGGAUAACACAUUAAUCCUCUUCAAUGCUUUGCAUGAUUUAGCAUCACAUGCUCACAAAAUUAACACUGAUACCACUUUACGGGCAAGGCUACAAGAGUUUGGCUCCAUGACGCAAAUGCAAGACCCUCCACUGUUACGUAUUGAGAAUGAAUCUUACCAAAUCUGCCUUACAUUCUUACAGAAUCUUAUAGAGGACAGGCCUCCAAGAUUUGAUGAGGUGGAGGUAGAGUCCCACGUUGUGGAACUUUGCAAGGAGGUUCUACAGUUCUAUAUUGAAGCCGCUAGCUCUGGGAAGAUAUCUGAAUCAUCUAAUGGACAGCAGCACCAUUGGCUGAUUCCUCUAGGUUCUGGGCGACGGAGAGAAUUGGCUGCACGUGCACCGCUUAUUGUGGCAACUCUCCAGGCCAUCUGUUGCUUGGGAGAGACUUCAUUUGAACACAACUUGUCUCAUUUCUUCCCACUGCUUGCAACCUUGAUAAGUUGUGAACAUGGGUCUGAUGAGGUCCAGAUUGCCCUCAGUGACAUGCUCAGCUCAUCAGUCGGUCCCGUUCUGCUCCGAUCAUGUUGAGCCGGUGAGAUAGCACCAUAAAAUUUGAUAUGUAUGAUAAUUUGUGCCCCAAUUCUUGUAGUUUCAUCUUCCUUUUUUAAUCAUUUACGGAAAUAUAGUCUGGUAGUGUAUGAAGAGUUAGCAAUGUUUUGGAUUGGUUGAUUAGUGUUUCUAAAUCUUCUGUAGUCUAUUUGACAAUAGAGCUCCAAUAGAAUUUAUACAUCUCUUCAGGAGUUUUGCUGUUGUAUGCCAGUCACAUUGUUCUACCGUCUUUGAUAAAUGAAAUUGUUUCUAUGGAAAGUGGCCUUCUGUGAAUACAUAUACACUUUGUAUU